CUGAUGCUAGAAGUGUGUUUCAGAAUUCUCAGGGACUGUGAAGCUAGGAUGAAAAGGCCCUUUUGUGCUAAGGUGCCUAUUCUGGGAAUUAUAGAAAACUCCGUUGUGCUCCACCUUCCUUUCGUUCCUUUGGCUCCGACCAUCCCUGUUUUCCAGGACAGUCUCUAAUUUGAUUUCAGUAGCUUUCAGUCCCUAAUUACCCUUCUUCAGCCGCCAGCUGUUAUAGGCUUGGAUUUAUUUAUUGCUUUGGUUUGCUGCUGGAGCCCGGUAUCAUAGAGCAGAACCAGCCCUAGGGGGGCUCGGGGGCUGCAGCUGGGCCGCCCUGCCUCCUCCCUGGGCUGGCGGCACCCCGUGCGCAGCGCUGCCCGUCCCGUUCUCACGCCGCCCGACGGCUCCCUAUUUAUCCGUACGUCUCCUUUCUGCAGUUUCUCAGAGAAGGCAGAAAGAAGGGCUCCAGCCCGGGACUGGGCACUUAGGAAGGCUCUCUUCCAUCUCCGGGCUCGCAGCCCAGCAGCAGCACGGGGCUGGGAGCUGCCGGCAGGGCGGGGGACGGAAGGCGCGGCACAGCUGGCGUUCGUUGUAAUUCGGCCAGGAGGUACCUUCACGAACGCGGGCCAGGUCUGCGCGCAGGUGAAUGGUUUUAAGAAACGAGGCCAGCUGUGCUCGGAGCCGUCAGCCUCACUUUCUGUGGAAGAUCCGAAAGGGAGGAAGCCGCGAUUGCAGAUGACCUUUCUAUGCCGCCGCUGCAUUAGGAAUGGCGUUAAUCUCCAGACGGGGAACAAAGCCCCAGUAACCAGACAUCUAUAGCAAUGAUGCAAGAACCUCAGGAAAUGGUGGAAGAAACAGUUACUGUGGAGGAAGAUCCAGGCACCCCCACUUCCCACGUGUCUAUUGUUACUUCUGAGGAUGGAACAACAAGGAGAACUGAAACCAAGGUCACCAAAAUGGUCAAAACAGUCACCACUCGAACAGUGCGCCAGGUCCCGCUCGGGCCCGACGGCCUGCCGUCAAUGGACGGCUCGUCUCCCAUGGGCAGCUACACAGAUUCAAUAGACAGAAGGUAUAUGAAGAAUGGGGAGCGGUACAUCACCCCACAGGCGUCGUCCACAUUAACCAGAUCUUACAACAGCUACAAUGAUUCCUACCCUGACAGCCACGAGGGCCAGUAUCGACCUUACGUCGGUCACGAUGGUUAUGGAGAUCUAGCAGAUAACUAUGGCAGCUUGUCACGCGGCGUCAACUACCGUCCUCGCUACGCCUAUGUGCCAGGAAACAGUUAUCGGCCGGACGACGGGAGCUUCACUUUGCCAAGCAGAAGGGAUAACUAUGGCCCUGUUGCACAGCCUCAGGUACCGGUGGGCAGCAGUGUUGACUUGAACCGCUCUCAGCCGGAACGUUUCCAGCCAGAGCCCUAUGGGCUGGAGGAUGAUAACCGCAGCCUUGGGGUAGACGAUGAAGGAUAUGAACUGGAUCCGGAUUAUUCUACUGUGAACCGAAGGACGUCUGCAGGGGUGCCAGAGAGAGGAAGACCCCACAAAGGAAGGGGCUACGAUGACCCCAUUGAGGCAGAGAUGGUGGAAGAGAGGAUCCCAUACCUCCAUGGCAGCUACGCGGCACCGCUGGCACAGCCAGAGCGAGGAAGCAUGGCCAGCAUCGACCGCCUGGGGAAGCGCUCCCCCUCUAUUGACAGCAUUCGCAAGGACCCCCGGUGGAGGGACCCUGACCUCCCUGAAGUCAUUGCCAUGCUCAGCCACCCUAUCGACCCGGUCAAGUCUAACGCCGCUGCCUACUUGCAGCACUUGUGCUACGAGAAUGAUAAAAUCAAAAAGGACGUGAGGCACCUUAAGGGGAUCCCCAUCUUGGUGGGCCUGCUUGAUCAUCCAAAGCCUGAGGUCCAUCGCAAAGCCUGCGGGGCCCUCAGGAACAUCUCCUAUGGGAAGGAUAACGAAAACAAGGUGGCUAUAAAGAACUGUGAUGGGAUCCCUGCUUUGAUCAGACUCUUGCGAAAAACAAAUGACAUGGAAGUCAGAGAACUAAUUACAGGCACUCUAUGGAAUUUGUCUUCCUAUGAGCCCCUGAAGAUGGUCAUCAUCAACCAUGGCCUGCAGACACUCACCAACGAGGUGAUUAUACCCCAUUCUGGCUGGGAGAGUGAGCCCAACGAGGACUCGAAGCCUCGCGAUGCUGAGUGGACAACUGUCUUCAAGAACACUUCUGGUUGCUUACGGAAUGUAAGUUCAGAUGGAGCAGAAGCACGCAGAAGACUAAGAGAGUGCGAUGGCUUGGUGGAUGCCCUCCUUCAUGCCCUACAGUCUGCAGUUGGCAAGAAAGAUACAGACAAUAAGUCUGUGGAGAAUUGUGUGUGCAUCAUGCGGAACCUUUCCUAUCAUGUCCACAAGGAAGUCCCUGGGGCUGAUAAGUAUCAAGAACUUGAUGCUGGUCAGACUGCGGGCACAGGAGGCUCUCAGAAAAAGAAGAAAGACGAUGCUGGUUGUUUUGGUGGAAAGAAAGCUAAAGGAAAGAAGAAUGGAGAUUUGGACAGGAAUUUUGAUACACUUGAUUUGCCCAAGAGGUCUGAAACAGCGAAAGGCUUUGAAUUACUGUACCAACCAGAUGUGGUCCGACUGUACCUUUCCAUCCUCACCGAAAGUCAGAACUUUAACACUCUGGAAGCUGCAGCAGGGGCUUUGCAGAAUCUCAGUGCUGGCAACUGGACUUGGUCCACAUACAUUCGUGCAACAGUGCGGAAAGAGAGAGGCUUGCCAGUGCUUGUGGAGCUACUCCAGUCCGACUCUGACAAGGUUGUGAGGGCUGUGUCAAUUGCCUUGAGAAACCUUUCCAUGGAUCGCCGCAAUAAAGACCUUAUAGGCAGUUAUGCCAUGAGUGAGCUGGUUAGAAAUUUGCCCAGCAGGCAGCAGAGAUCUGCAAAGAACCUGGAGGAGGAUACAGUGGUUGCUGUAUUGAAUACAAUCCAUGAAAUCAUUACUGACAGCUCAGAAAAUGCAAGAUCUCUGAUCCAGACACAGGGCAUUCAGAAGCUGGUGGCUAUCAGCAAGUCAAGCCAGUCUCCUCGAGAAACAAAAGCAGCGUCUCACGUUCUUCAGAUGAUCUGGAGCUACAAGGAGUUACGAAAUGCUCUGCAGAAAGAUGGCUGGAACAAAUCACACUUCCAGUCUGUUUCUGCAACGCCAAAGAGUUCCAAGGGUACUGCGGGCAGGUCUGGCUAUGAUGACAGCACUUUGCCACUGGUGGAUAAAAGCCAAGAUAAUGAGAAAACUGGGAGUCGUGAUAUGAUACCUAUGGAUGAACUUGGCCCAGAUGGAUACUCUACCAUCGAUCACCGGGACAAGGAGCGCAAAUACAAGACCAGCGACAACACAGGGGACGCCUCAGAGAAAGAACCUUUGAAAAAUGACACAAAUAGGAAAAACAUUAACAGGAGUAACAGGGCUUCGGUGAAUCUGGUGGAUGCUCGUGACAUUAAACCCCAGCCUGUUGACUCCUGGGUCUAAUUUGCAUGCAUGGCCUAGAGUCCAACCACAUUUUUUUUUAAUUGAGGGGGAGAAAAAAACAUUGAAUUGACACAGGAUUUCAUCAGUCACCACUGCCAUUCCGAUCUGGAGGGCGCUGCAUCACUGACAAGGCUGCGGAUUCUAAGAGAAUGCAGGGAGAAAACACAACUGACUGCCAUUGCCAACCCCAGAGCACCAUGCCUUACAGCAAGACAGUUUGCUUUUUAAAUCAGUUACAUUCCCACCAGACAUAGCUGCCUCCUGCUCCCUCCCAUCUCCUGCAAGAAUAAAGCAAGCAAGAAAAGAGAAUCCAAGUUCCAUCCGGCUGGCUGCAUUCUUAGGUGACUCUUACAUGUGGAAGAAUGAGAAGCAAAGGUCAUGCAGCAGCAAAGAGGACAGCUUCAUAAGUGAACUGCAGAAUAUUUGAAAUGAUACCUUAGGUGUAGUCAUGAAGAUAAUAGCACUUUUAUGGAUUGGAUCCCAUUGUUUUCUUUUUAUUUGGGGGGAUUUAUUUUGAACUGUGAAUCUAACACUUUUAAAGAGUUUUUGAAAAAUGCUGAGGUUUUCUUCGUUAUUUCAACAGGAAUUGCAGGAAUGUUGAGUGGGUUUAUUGAAUUUCAAUGAAGAGAAAAUACAGAACAAAAAAUACUAAAUGCUGGCCAAAUGAACUGGAGAGUAGAUAAGAAAAUUGAUGCAAGCUGUAUAAAUCUGCUUUUAGAGUACGCUAUAUCAAUCACAGUGCUAUAUUAUGGUUAUAAUCUGAUGUACAGUACUUCUGCCUUUUGAAUUCUGUAAUGGCUCUGCUUUUAUUUUCACAUGAAGGUUCUAAUGUCCCCAGUUCAGAAAUGUAUGCUGAGAAAUGGAGUUGGCUGGCUUUUUAUUUUCUUAUUCUCAAAGAUGGUAGUAAGGAGCUUUUACAUUUUAAUUGUAUCAGUGUUAUAUUGAUGACAAUUCACAAGUUAUUUUGCUGUAGCUGUUAACACAUUGGAAGAAAUAGAAGCUUCUUCGCAGGAUGUCUUAUUUUGAACACACUAUAUAUGUUUUAGAUGGGUCUUUCAUUUUUAUUUGAUGGUAAAUUUAUCACUAUUGGAUCCAUGUUUGCUUUGGGCUACAGAUCCUGGUGGAAAAUGUCAUAAAGGGAACAGAUUAGACAUUUUUUAAAUCAUCGUCAUUUCUGUGUUCCCUUGAUUUUGUUUUGAGGUUACAUAUUCUUGGUGGUAUGAAAAUCAUCCAUGUGCAGAUGUUCUCCUCUUAGAUGCCAUGGUGUGCUCUGAUAAGGCAGAGUUUUUACCUCAUGAGAACAGAGAACUACGCUGCAUAUACAGAAUCUGAUAAUGCCAUGAACUAAGUGACUUUAGAUCACUGAUUUUCUCCAGGCAUUGGUCAAGGGAGGGCAGCAGAAGAGAAUAGGAAUGAAAUAUCUCACUAGUAGCAUCAGAGGGCUUUUGCUGACUUUGUUUUGGUUGCCAUGUUUAAUUCUAAAUAAGCUCCUAAAAAUGGUGUGAGUGGAAAGCACAUUUUUGAGCCUAGCAAACAUCAUUUGGGGUUUUCAGUGCCUGCCAUUUCCUUUGUAAUUAAAAAGGGGAAAUAUCCAACAACCUUGCCUCACCCAAAAUAUUACUGUAAUAGUAAACGUCUGAAGUUUUUGUUUAAAAGAAAAAAAAGAAAAAAAGAAAAAAAUUAAAAACACAAAAAAAAGCAAGUACCAAGAGCUUUCUAUCUUCAUGAGUAUAUUAAAAAAUUGACAUGAAUACAUAUAUAUAAAUAAAUAAAUCUAUAUAUCUAUAUAUAUAUUGUUGUGCAGAGGAUAGGUUAAUAAAAAACCAUGUAAAGUAGUUUGCAGGAGAGGGAAGCAUUUGUUGAUUCAGGGAAAAAGACUGAUGCCAGAAGCUGUCAGUGAUUCGGAUGAUACAUGUGCUCCUUCACCCUCCUCCCUUUUGACCCUCAUCUUCUAUGUACAUUGCAGUAGUUACUUCUGGAUCAUAGAGAAGGUGAAGUUGCUCAGAGCAAAUUAAGAUAGCAAAUAUUUGUGGGGUUUUUCACCUGCAUGAGAGUCCUGUUGGACCAAAAAUGCUCAGCAGAUCAAGGGAAGCAGAGAUGCAUCUGUGAUUAUCAACAUCUGUGUCAGAGGCAGUGUCUCUCUAUGUGUAGACAUAAAGUGUGGCAAUGAAACCAGAUACAUAGUCUGACUGUAUAUUAUAUCAAUGGUGCUCUUUUCAUACUUGUUCUGCCAAUACGCGGAGACCCUUUUAACCAAGCUACACAGAAACGUUUUAUAUCACUUUUGGUUAUGUACUUGGUGUAUUCUUUUUGUAUAUGAAAGGAUUUUUUUAAAAACGUUCAGUAAUUAGCAAUGGAACCUGCUUUGUAGCUAACUAGAACAGUUUAAGAAAAGGGCCAUGCUGUCAGUCUGUCCCUGAUCUACUUCAAACCAUAUAUUUACCAAAGGAGUCUGAGCAAAAGUUCAUUUAAAAUAAAGACCUGACUGUUGAGUCUCUGCUAAGACUUUGUGAUUUAGUUGUUGUACAAAUAUUUCAAAGCCAGCAAGAGGUUAGAAGAGAAAAUUGCAGGAAAGGGGGAAGUGAUGUGACUGGGGGCCAGUUGUGUCCGUGACCGCCUGUGCCAGAUAUCAAAUGGCUCUCAGUGGGGCACUACAAGGACACUCAAAAUCUGUGUGGGUAUCUAUUUUUGUCUUCAUCAUUAAUGAAUCAAACUAAAAACACUAAGGAAAACUUGAGAAGCAAAUUCAGGCCUAUCCGACUUCCCCCCCCGAAGACCUUUUCAUAUUUAUACUGCAUCCUCUGUCAGGCAAACCUCCCUGUCAGGUUAGAUGGAAUUGGCUGCCCAGGCUUGUUGUAGCAAACUGUUCUUCUUCCUUUUCCCUGGGAUAAAGUGUUCUUGGCAGCCCCAAUGGCUUAGAGUUGAGAACAUGGCUUAUUGCAACAAAACAGCAAAGGAUAGUACAUAAGAGGUAAAAUACCAAGUCCAUGUGCCAAGACGUUCUCCUAGGAAAUGACAUCUUACUUUUGCCCUUCCCAUGCCUUACAGUAAUGAUGAAUUCCUAGGUAUGUAGCAAUAACCAAUAAUGCAUCAUUUACGUUACUGUGUUAAUUUUUUUUUCUUCUCACCAAGCUGUUGUUCAGAUGAUGCGGAAAGAAAAUGGAUUGAGAAUGACUUGCAUAUGAGACUGUUGCCUUGUACUAUCAGCUCACAAGCCAAAAUCUCUAGCAAGAUACUUUGAACUUAGUUUGGUGGUUUAUCCAUUGUCCUUUUCAUCUGUGGCCACACAUUAACUUCUGGAAUGCAUUGGUGGGAUGUGUGUCCACACCUGUCCCUCCAUCUCUCCUUGUUAAUUCAAGUGUGACUGGGCUGGUUGAGCAAUUCUGAAUGUGGGUAAAUAAACCAGUAAUUGUUGAGUUUGUUUUGGCAGCAGGGACAGUAUGUUAAGAAGGGAAAGUGGCAGUGUGUGUAACUAAUGCUGCAGUAUGGUCUAGAGGCUCCUGCUCAAAGGCAGGCAGUGCUUUUUAGGGCUCAGGUAUGUGACCUCCUCUUUUCCUGUUGUUUCCACUGUGAAAACUGGAGGCAGUCUGUCUGCAAAGAGCUGGGGUAGAAGAGAUUUAUACCUGCAGAAAUUUAAGUGGGAGGGGUGGUUGUGGAAGGAGAAGAUGGAUGUUGCAAGACUCCUAAUAAAGAGGAGGAGGAAAUUUGAUGGCCCAGUAAGGGCUGAGAUAACAGGGGAUGGAAGAGAUUUCUGAUGGCAAGUAACUGCUGAACUUUCAUCCCAGGGAGAUGGCUUGCUCACCGCCCAGGCACGUUCAGUAGGCUGUGGAGGUUAAACAGAACGGAAAACCAAGUAACAACACUGAUGGGGCCACUUAACAUUGCGUGUCGAGACUGCCAGAUAAGCAUCAAGUUGGGCUGUUGAGUGGAUGAGUGAUCAAUCCUUCUAACUCCAAGGAUUCUGUGAUUCUGUUUGUGCAGCAUCCAGCAGAAAGGCAAGAUAUAAAGACAUUUUGUUUCUGUGUUGGAGCUAAAAAGUAAUUUAGCUGUCAGUGUAACUUGACAGAUCAAAGAUGGUUGCCAGUUUGAAAUGUUCCCCAGGGAGCAGCUUGGGCAGCCAGAAGUCUUAUGGGCAGAACACCUGAGUGUCCUGGUUCUACACUUGCGCGUUCAGACCCACAGAUUCUAAGUGUAUAUAUUAGGAAAGUAAAUCUCGUCUCCUUUGCCAAGACUUCAUAAAAGGGAUUGACUUGGGGACUAGGAACUGACUCGUUAAGUGAUGCAUUAAGGAACUGGGGGUGGCAUGUUAAAGCCAAUUAGUGAGCUCCUGCCAAAUGAGAGGAAUAGUUUUCAGUGAUGACUUCUAGCAUACACAGUUUAUGCUGGGCAAAGCAGUUUUCGCUCCUCCAGCAGUUUUGUUAUCUUGAAGGUGGUGAGUUACUUUCUGUUACUUGCCUUAAAGUUGAGCUUACGGGCUCCGCUGCUUGUGAGAGAGAGGCACAUUUUAAACACGUGGAGUAAGUGAAGCUUCAGAAGCCACAUGAAUACAUUACAGACUGGUUACAGUCCCUUCUGUCUAGCUGCCCACUCACUGUAAACUAUAGUGUGCCAGUAAGCUCAGCCUGAAGUUUUGUGCUGUUGGGGUUGGAUUGUACUCUCACAGUUUUUGAAGGUGUUUAUAUAGGCAUAGUUUCUCACAGUGUUUUUAUUUUAAUGCCCAUAAAAUCUGGUGUUUCCUUAUCUUUGUCAGAGAAAUCCUCUGAUUUAUUGGUACAGUAACUAAUCUAGUGCAUUUAAAGGAAAGUUGUUAUGAAUCUCUUUUAUUCUGUCUUAAGUUUUACAUCGGGAUAGGGUGUUAGGAAGUCCUUUGCAAUGAGGAGGAAGAUAGUGCAGAUACUACAAGGCCUGCCAAUCUGGUUCUUACUUUUUGGAAAAACAAAGUAACUAGACUAAGAAGCUUACUGGUAAUUAGUAGCUAAUGUGUUUGUAACUAUCAUGUGCCUUAAAAUUUUCAUGGUAGGAGAAUAAAAAAGAAAAAUAAAUCAACAACGUGUUUUCUGUAAUACUGCUCAACAUUCUCUCUGUAGUUUAGACUGGUGGGGUUUUGCAUUGUAUUUACACUGUACUAUAAAUUGAAACACUUAGAAUGGUUUGAUUUUACCAGUAUGGAGAGGAAAAAAGGUGGAUUAUGCUUUUCAUGGAACAAAUGUUACCGUGACAGAAUGUAUUAUUAUUAUAGGAUCUUUCCAUAAUGCAGACAAGUAGAAUGCUUGUUAGAAAACCAGGUAUGUAGGAUAACAAUUUGGUGUGUUUUCAAUAAACCAUGCCUGGAAAGAAUAUA